GGUAACUGGACGUAGGUUCUGCCGUACACGAAACUCCAUCCCACGGGCACUGAUUACGACUACAAUGUGGUUCCUCUUUGCAGGCUUUCUUCUGAUCGCAGGUACAUCUGCUACGCAGUUGAAAAGAAACCUCGGAAACUGCGACGAAGGCUGGGUAGCAUUCGGCUCCAAGUGCUACUUUUUUGCCAGCAACACCAGCCGUCUUCGGUACUACGAUGCUCGGCAACACUGCAUUCGUCAAAACGCUCAGCUGGUCACCAUUCCCUCGGUGCAAGUUCAACAGUUUCUGCUGAGUCACCUGGGCGACGCCAGCACGAAUGUCUGGAUCGGCAUGAAGACCAUCACGGGGCCCACGAAGUGGCUGGACGGCUCCCCUAUUGCCUACGAGAAUUGGUUCUGGGGCCAGCCUAAGCCACAGGGCCUCCACUGCGUCGAGAUUCUGACCGGCCGAGUGCACCCGGGUCGUUGGAACCAGGCGCCAUGUGACAAGUUCCGGCUUCAUGUUUGCGAGAAGGCCCGAGACCCAACAGUACCCAUUCCCAAGCCUGUUGAAGACCCCUCGUGCAGGCUUGCCCACCCGGGCUCCUUCCCGUACGGCACUUCGUGCUUUCACAUGGGCUCCUACGAGGACUGGGACACCGCAGAAGCACACUGUGCGUCCAGCGGCGGGCACUUGGCCUCUGUACGAGACAUCUACCAGGAGUCCUUCUUCAGCGUCAGGUUCGAGUUCAGGGGAGGCCUGGUCUGGAUUGGUUUGCAAGACGCCAAGGGAAGUGGCCGGUUCACCUGGUCCGACGGUUGGCCCGUGCACCACACCAACUGGGCGCCACUGCAGCCCGGAGCUGCCGAGCGAGGCGAGCGACGCUGCGUCGCCCAAGACAUGGCCACCGGCCAGUGGAGUGUCCAGCCCUGCAAGACGUCCCUGCCAUACCUAUGCAAAAUCACCUCCGAAAAGCCGCCCGCAGUGGAGCAUCACGAGGGCGUCUGUCGCGAGAGUGCCAAGGGAUGGGUGGACGUCGGUAACCCCUACUGCUACUUCUUCAGCGGCAGCCGGGUGGAGAACUUCCUCGGAGCCGUCGAAGCCUGCGACGAACGAAAUUCUACCCUGGUAAGCUUUCACUCGCAGGAUCAGCUGGACAGACUUCUGCCCUACAUUCGACAGUCCCCGUCAAAUCUCUGGAUUGGGCUCGAAGAAAAUAAGAACGGGACCUUCGAAUGGCUGGAUGGUUCACCUUUGGACUUCGAGUACUGGCAAAAAGGGGAGCCAAACGGCAAAGACGAGAACUGCGUCGAGCUUCGACACUUCGAUUCACUGUGGAACGACAUCAAAUGCAGUGUCAGGAAUGCGUUUAUCUGCGCAGCUGCGAAAGUUUUUCCGGACGGACAUCAACAAGGAAGUGGCCAAUCUAGUCCACUCACUGACAGUACGCUUCGUGGCUCAAACCUGACAAAUGCAACGAACAUCAUUACAAGACUGCGUCGCGAGGACUUCAGAUCGGCGACGAUGGUGAUGAUGAUGCUUACCUUCCUGUUCGCCCUGUUCCUGGUGGCCGGCAUACCGACCCUGGUCCGGAAGAGGUGCAGGGAGAACAAGCAGCGCAAGGCCGCCGCCUCAGUCAUCGCAGUCCAUUUCGUCAACAGCCACCUACAUGGCGUUGAGCCCGCGCUCACCAUAGCCGAGGGGCAGGCCCACCCAAUGCCUCAAGGGCGCGGCGCCGGUUUGAAGAAGACCUGCGACGAUCAUAAACAAGCCACGAGGGUUAUCAUCUAG